AAGUAACUACACGGGAAAUUAAUAUUUCUGAAUUUGUUGAAUUAAAAAUAAAUAAAUAAAUCAACAUUUCCGUUUUGGGCGGAGUUAGUUUUCCCUCGAUGGGCGGAGUUUUGGUCACGUGACCAGGCAGCGUCCAGCUGGGUAAUCAUGGCGGCUGUCUCUGGACGUGAACGGCAGAUGUAGCGGUUUUUCUCCGUAAACGAUGUCGUUUGAACCACGCGCCGGACUUUGAUCCAGAGAGCGGAGGGACGGCAGCCCCACAUGAAGAAGAGGAGGACGGACGCUCCCCUCCGAGGCGGCCGUAACAUGAAGGCUCUGCAGGCUCCUCGGACACUGUGAUUCCUGAGGAGGGCUUUUGUCAGCCAAGGCGCUGGAUGGUAUUUUUUUUUUUUUUGUCGAGUUGUUCAUUUGUAUUUUUAAUUAGCGGAGUUCUUCUUGCAGAUGUUGAGUUAAUUUGGAGAUUAGAAUAGGUUCUUUGGAGCAGCUUAACCUUCUUGGAGGUUUUACUACAGUGUGAUGAUGGCCAGUCUGAAUGGACUCUCUCCCUGCUGUCCACACACAGCUUUUCUAUGACUGUUUGUGCUUCUGCUGCUUCCCAUGCCUCCCUCAGUAAUAACACUAUGAUAGGCUCCCCAGAUGUGGUAGCUUUCACUAAAGAGGAUGAAUAUGGGCAGACAACUCAAGACCCUCUGGGUCUCCCGGAGGAGUUCUCCAUACCCCUCUACCCUCUUGCAGACUCCAAUCCCUGGGCCAAGACCUCCUAUGCCAAGUUCACCAAAGACUUCAUCCUCAUCUCGGAGUUCUCAGAGCAGGUGGGCCCCCAGCCUCUCCUCACCAUCCCAGGUGAUCCCAAAGUCUGUGGCACCUUCGACCUCAACUACUUCUCCCUGCGGAUCAUGUCCGUGGACUACCAGGCCUCCUUCGUGGGGCAUCCACCUGGCAGCGGCUACCCGAGACUCAGCUUUGUGGAGGACUCCAGGGUUGUCCUGGGAGACUCGAAGGAGGGAGCGUUCGCAUACGUCCAUCACUUCACCCUGUACGACCUGGAGGCGAGGGGCUUCGUGCGGCCGUUCUGCAUGGCGUAUGUAGCAGCAGACGAGAAGAAAAUCAUGCUCCAGUUUCAGGAGCUGUCCCUCCGCUUCUCGCAGGCCUCGGAGUGUCUGAAGGCCGGCAACAGAAGAGCAUUCGCCAAGGAACUCCAGAGGAAGCUCCAGGACCUGGAGUACACCCACUCUGUGCUGCAGCGGGAGGAGGGCCUGCAGAGAGAGGCGGGGCCUCAGUGUGUUUACUCUGCCCAUGCUGUAGAAAAGGCCAAUGAGCUGGCGAACGUGGAGAAGAGCAUUUACGAGCACAGAGACCUGCUGAAGCAGAUCAGUGCCUACCAUUGGCGACCGCGACGGGAUCCGCACGCCGUCUCGUGCCAGAAGUGCAUGACCGAGUGCUUGAGAGAGUGCGAGGAGCUGUUGGACAAAUACGCCAAGCUGGCAAAUCCCCGUGGUUACAGCCAAAGGGUCCCCAAAGGAGAAGGCGACGAGAUUCAAUCUGAUGAUAACAGAGGGGAAGAAGAGGUGGAUGAAGAUGAUGAUGAGGGUAAUAAACGCAGGCCAUCAUACACGCCACAGCUGAUCAAAGCCAAGUCUGCAAAGUGUUUUGACAAACGCCUGAAGACCUUGCAAGAACUGUGUGAGGAGAAUUUCUACGAGGCCACCGUAGAGCUUCUGAAGGAGACGGAGAGGAGUUUCCGCGGCGACCUGUGUUACCUCUACACUCGCCGCCUGGACAAGGCGCUGCGCAGGAAGCAGAAAAUUGUCAACUUCCUGUUUGAGGCAGAUCUCAUUGAUGACGUUCAGGAUGAAGCCGAGACACUGAGACCAUUCUGCGCUGUGAAUCAUGCCAUAGACAACUACAUGCACUUAAAUCCACCUCAUAUUGUCCUGGGGUCAGAGGCUCUUGAGCUUGAUGGAUUAAAACCUCAAGGUCCGCUAGGCCUGGCUUGUGAAGCCGCCACUACUCGGGAGCUUGGACUUCUGGGAAGCCAUCUGGAGUCCUCUCCCUCAGACCAGACCUUGGAGACACAGGGGAGCUCAGAAGGGACCAAAGAAAGCUUCAGCAGCGAUAAAAGUGGAACAGAUCAAACUGAGAAGCAAGAGAGUCUUGCAAGUAUAAAUACAGAAGGUCCUGAUCCGGACUCUGACUUGACACCAGAACCUGACCAAAACACCUACCCAGAGAGGGAAAGCAGUAGCGAGGACAUGGAGACCACUGCUGGGGAGGAUGACUGUGGUACUGAACAAGACCAGACCCCUAUGUCUUUGCUGGAAGUCGUGUCCGAACUGGAGGCCAGAAAGGAUGACGAGUGUGAGGUGGGAACGCACUCGGAGCUACUGGUUCCCAUGGAUACAGCUUGCUGUAGGGCCCAAGAGGGUUUCCUCUAUGAGGCAGCUGACCCUGAUGCUGUGCCGUGCCUGAGUCCAAACUCUACCCUGAACCCCUCUAAGGUUCUGGUGGUCAACCAGGAGCCCCACGCCCUUCACCCCAUCCAGGAUGAGUACAGAGUGGGUUCCCCGUGCUCAGAAGGUCCACCAGCAGGGCUGGAGCUUCCCGUGGGCGUCUUUGGAGAUGCAGCUUCACGUAGCUCCAUAGAGGACGGGUCGGACUGUACCAUGAGUGCUUCCACGGGCUCCGACCGGGCCGCCUCGCCGCUCGGCUACGGGGGGUCAGUGACCCUCCGUCAGAGGAAAAAAGCCGGGCAAGGCGCUUUGAGGUUCGUGCGCCAGUACUCCUUUGCAAUGCAAGCCCUGUGGUGUCUGCUGAGCGGCAGGACGCUGGUGGUGCUCGGGGCGGACGAGGGGAGAGUCCGCCGCCUCGUGUCUGCUCUGGCGCUCUUCGUACCCAACCCUGGCAAGAGUGGAGAGAGGGUCCAACCCUGGCUGUCCUGUCCCUUCACCCUCACCGACCUUCACAGGUGGAAACUUAUUGGGCUGCAAAGGGUUGCUUCUCCCGCCGGCUCCAGCGCCCUCUACUCCCUGUCCCGCUACAGCCGCUACAUCUCCAUCCUGGACGCCGACAUGAAGACCCUGCGCUGCCCUCAGUACCGCGGCCAGCUCCUCGCCAACAUGGCCGACCACCGCACCUACAUCCGCCGCGGCUCCACCUACUUCCUCCACCUGCAGAGCGCGCUCUGCCGCCUGGCGGCCAGGGCGUUCCUGCUCACCUUCACGCACCACCUCCACCUGCCGGUCAGCCCCACGGAGGGGCCCGAGGCGGUGGAGGCCCGGCGGCGGGGCUUCCUGCAGGAGCAGCUGGGGCUGGACGAGGAGGACGGCCAGAUCCUGCUCUACCUCAGCCGGCUCAUCGCUCAGCGGUACCUCCAGCCCGCUAACAGCGACUACUGCGCAGCUAUACCCUGUUUUAGUUUUAACUACGUCACCAGCGUUUUAUAUAAAAUCUGAUUCCGCGAGGGGAAGGGCGGAGCUGGAUCCUUUCCAACACCUCACAGUGGAAAUCACCGCUGAUACUUUGGGUUCAUUCGGACCAGGAGUGAUCUAAAUAAGGUCAAAAUCUCUGCACUGAUUAGUUUUUCCUCCAUGUUAAUCUCUGUCUGCCUCACUGUGCAUCUCUGUGAUCUCACACCUUCCUCUGGUGGCAGAGAAACCAGAGCUGAAUGUCUCUGCCGACUCUUAACACUUCCAUAUUGGAGCAGAUGAACACUGGCGAAUACAUGCUGAAGCAAAAACAAAACUGGCAAAGAACUGUAGCGUCUAGUUCGACUGCCUAUGUCUUUAUGGGGCACAUGUUGCAAAGUUACAUGUAGGGCAAAAAAUUAACAGCAAUAAUUUGACCUAUUUAGCCUGUCAUAGAUUUUUAAAAAAUGUGGUUGUUCCUUUUUCAAAGUCAAUAUUUUCACCAUGUUAUUCCUACAUUUAUAAAUGUCAGGUUAAAACUGAAUAUGUAGUUCACAAACUAAAUAUUUAGCUUUCAAGUUAAAUAUUUAGCUGCGAAGCUAAAAACUUGGUUCGAUUUAGCUAUUUAGCUAACUAAAUAUUUAGUGCCAAAUUAAGUAACAAGCUUUGAAGCUAAAUAUCUAGCUUCAAACAAAAAUAUUUAUUUUCCAAACUAAACAUUUAAUUUUCAAGCAAAAUAUUUAUUUUCCAAACUAAAUUUCUAUCAAUAAAGUUAAGUAUUUAGUUAUUUAGCCAGCUAAAUAUUUGCUAUAUUGCCAGCUUACUCAUAUUUAAUCUAAAAGUUAAAUAUUUAGAUAUUUAGCAAGCUAAAUAUUUGCUAUAUUGCUAGCUUGCUAACUAGAUAUUAUUUUGAAGGUUAAAUGUUUAGUUUGGCUCCAGCUUAAAUAUUUAAUGUGGAACUCUGACAUUUUUAAGUAUAUGAAUAACAUGGUGCAAAUGUGACUUAGAAAAAUGAGCGCCCAAUGUUUUACUUAUGACAAGCUAAGUAAAAGGAAUAAAAUGCUGUAACUUUUUUGCCCUGUAACUUCCCAAACGGCGGCGCAUAUGUGUUGACAGCUUUUAUACCCUCCACACAACAUGUAAACAUGUUUUUCAGCACCGCAGCGCCACGUAUGCUGACAUUUUCUGUUGGCCGAGAACAGACGCCGUGUUCGUGAAACGGGGGCAGCUGGUUUUAGAAACUAGCCCUUCUCUUUGGAACCAUCCAUCUGUCCCUUAUUCUAUGAUUUUACCUUCACUCGCCAACAUUUCUUUUUCUUUUUUUUGUUUUGUUUUUUUUUACAGCCCACAUUCCUUCAGAAACGGACAAGCGUCCAUUUUUGUUACCAACGGCAACACGUUGUACGACCGUUUCUACGUAAAUUUAAGCUUUUGAUUCCAGGGUUACGAUGUCCGAGGUGGUGGAGAACUGACUCCUGUCGGUCAGGAGAAACGUUACCGAUCAAAUAGUUGUGACCGUUUUCUUGACUAUUAAACAGGAGAAUUUUAAGCUAUUUAAUCUAAAUGUAUUGAAUUUCACUGUUGUCUUAAAGUUGUGAGAGUGACGUGUUGUCAGCAUGACAGUCUUGUGUCAGAGUGAUCACUGUGUUGAUAAUAUUUAAUUUUUGUUACAAUACGGUUUACUGAAAGCAAUUACUCUUUAAAUGCUCUUAACAAUAAACUUUUAUUUCUUGUGCCAACAGAAGUUUAAUUCAGGACACCUGCUCGACUUUAUUAACUACAGAUGCACCGAUCAGCCUUUUGCUGGCUGAUACCGAUUUUUGGUUUUCUUUCAAAUCAGCUGUUUGUAAUUUUUUCUUUUGCAUUUCUUUUGUUUAAGAGGGAAAAUAUGUGCUGCAGGUUAUUUGAUUUGAAAUCUGCCAGAAAAUGAAGGAGUAACCCAGUUUUAUCCUGAUUAAUGGUGCAUCUUAAUAAAUGAGAAUAUCAGCCAGUCACGAAUUUAAUAAAAAAUGUAAAACAGUAAUUUUUCUCAGGUUUUUCUGGCUGUUGAUUUUGAUGAUUAUGGCUUUAAAACCCCCAAAUACGACUUCUCUCAAAAUUUUUGACCAACAAAAAUAUAGUCAUUUUGUAUGUACAUAUACAAAUGCUUGGGCUACUUAAAAAUAUGUCCUUUUUAAAUGCACCAAUUUAGAUGGAGUUCUUUCUGCGUGAAUUACUGCAUCAUUGCGCCGGCUGCUUUCACUUUGGACUUGGACCUUGACAUCUGCAGCAGAUUUUUCCACAUGUGCUUUUCCCUGUUACUUUUGCACAUGUUUUUAAUUUAGUCAGUUUUUCCUUCCACUCAACUUUACAUCAAUGUCCAUGGUUAUAGGCUUCUGUGGGACGUAUCGUCAAUGACGACUAUCAGGUCAACAUUUUGAAGGUCACAAUGUGACAUUUCCUCAAUAUUUUAUGCUUUAUAUAAAAUAUAUUUUUAAUUAUCCGCUACAAGCCACAAUCAUCAAAAUAAACGGGGGAAAAGAGUUUAAAAUUUGAAUUUUUUUGCUCCAUUUUACCGCCUCCUAGAAUUGGAUACAUUUAACUUUUCAAGGAUAUUCUAAUUUAUUGAGCCAUGUUAUUUCCAUAAUGCUAAUCAUUUGUGAUUUAAAAAAAAAAAAAAGAUUAAACUUAAUAAGGCGAGGUUUUAGUAUUAUUAUUUUUAGUGCAUUUGAUCUGCUGAUCACUGAGCCCUGCCGGGGGGAGAUUCCAAUCUCUGGCCAAUUAGUUAAUGCAUCUCCUGGUGGCCCACUGCAGGAUAAACGCUCACAGUUUAGGAUUUAACUUUUAAAAGUGGCUUAUCUUUGCGUUUUGUGCCGUCUGUGAUUCUGUGGGGUGGUAACUACAUGACUGCAUGGUCAGAGUUUAAAGUUUAAAGGUCACUACAAGCAAGGCUUUGGACUACUACUUAAGUGGAUCUGUGCAGCAUGUGAUGAAGAGAUACGCCUGAUGUAUUGGGUUUUGUCCUAGUCAUGCAAAAAAAAAAAACAACAAAAAAACAACCUACAAAGAACAAAACAAAAAAAAAAAAUAGCACACCCUGAAUGUAAUCUGAGAAGCCAUGCCGCUGUGUCCUUACGUUGCUGUAUUAUGUCUGCUUUUUGUAUCUCAUCAAACUGCAGGUUCAGCCCUGAGAGGAAUUUGAAUUUGAAUAAAGCAUGAUGUGAACGUC